UUCAGCACGGUGUUUCCCUGCCUGCAUUUGAUGCAGAGAAUUUGUGCACAGGUCGGGAAAUUCAGCAGGGAAUAUAAUUAGUGUAAAAACAGAUCAGCUUGUGAUGUCCAGCUUGUUACGCUCAGGUACCAGCCCCUUUCCCUGGCCCCAUUCUCCUCCGGGCGCUGACUUUCCUCCCUUCACCCUUGCUCUGCAGGAUGCAGCCAAGAGAAGGUCAUGGGAAUCCUGGCACAGCCCCACUCUGAAAAGGUUCAGCCCAGCUGCCCGUGAAUGGGCUGCCAUUGCACAGAGCAAAGCAAGCCAGAGCUGCGGGGCCACGGAGGCUGCCAGGCUGCAAACGGGAGGAGAGGAGCUAUGGCCAUUAGCAAGAUUUCAUUGCUUUUUUGCUCUUUAUAACCCUCUGUUUCAUGAAAUAACACUGCAGGUGUGAGAGGCCAGACUUUGGAAAGGAGACGUUGAACAUCUUCAUGUAGCAUCUUUGAUUUUCUGUCCACCAGUUGGAGAAAAAAAGAUUCAGCAGCAAAGUUUCUAAUGAGGCGUUAACACUGCAAAGGAGUCAUGGACAGUCUGGUGACCCAACGUGUGGGAAAACAUGGAAAAGCUCAAAAGCAGGAUGCCAAAGAAACAUUUUUGCCUGAAAAUAUCAGGCCAGUGAAGCAGAAGCCCUCCAAGGAGCUGAGGCCCAUGCUUGGGGCCAUCUUGCUGGGCCUCAUCCUGUUCAUUGCAGCGGUGGUGGCUUGGUGCUACUACACAGUGUCCCUGCGGAAGGCGGAGCGGCUCAAGACGGAGCUGAUGGACCUGCGGGCGGAUGGCUUUGUCAUCAGGAACCAGCACGGGGAGGUGGUCUUCCGCCUGGCCUUCCGCUCGGGCAGCCUUGACCUGGAGUCGUGCUCCAAGGAGGGCGAGAUUUUGAGCUGCACGCGGUCGGGCAGGGGCCCGCUCAACUUCUUCAUCCAGACGGUGAAGCCCAAGGACACGGUGAUGUGCUACCGUGUGCGCUGGGAGGAGCUGGCGCCCGGCCCGGCGGUGGAGCACACCAUGUUCUGGGAGGACGCCCACUGGUAUGGGGGCUCAGAGAUGAGCACCCAGCACUGGCCCAUCCGCCUGGCGGGCUACCAGGAGCCCAUGCCCUACGUGACCAGUGACGUCUACUCGUUCCGUGACAGCUUUGGCGGCAUCCUCGAGCGCUACUGGCUCUCCUCCAAGGCGGCGGCCAUCAAGAUCAACGACUCCGUGCCCUUCCACCUGGGCUUCAAUGCCACCGAGCGCACCCUCUUCUUCCAGGCCCGCUACAAGGACUCACCUUACAAGCCCCCACCGGGGCAGCAGCCCUUCCCCGAGCUCAGCUACCGCGUCUGCGUGGGCUCCGACGUCACCUCCAUCCACAAGUACAUGGUGCGCAGGUACUUCAACAAGCCCUCCAAGAUCCCUGCUGAGAACGCCUUCCGAUACCCCAUCUGGUCCACCUGGGCCCUCUACAAAAAAGAUAUAAAUCAGGAUAAACUUCUACAUUUUGCAAGAAACAUUAAGAAGUACCGUUUUAACUGCAGCCACAUUGAAAUCGAUGACAUGUACACACAAGCUUAUGGGGACUUUGACUUUGACCCUGUCAAGUUCCCCAACGUAACAGAGAUGUUUGCAAAACUGAGGGAAGACGGGUUUAAGGUCACCCUGUGGACUCACCCUUUCAUAAACUACAAUUCCUCCAAUUUUGGGGUGGGAAUUGAGCGUCAGCUGUUCAUCAAGGAGCCGUCUGGGCGGCUGCCUGCCAUGGUGGAGUGGUGGAAUGGCAUCGGGGCCAUCCUGGACUUCACCAACCCAGCAGCCCGGGACUGGUUCCAGAGCCACCUGCGCCAGCUCCGACACAAGUAUGGCAUCUCAUCCUUCAAGUUUGAUGCAGGUGAGACCAGCUACCUGCCCAAGCAGUUCAGCACCUUCCGCCCACUCUCAGACCCCAGCAUCUGGUCGCGGCGCUACACGGAGAUGGCCAUCCCCUUCUACGAGCUGGCUGAGGUGCGGGUGGGCUACCAGUCACAGAACAUCUCCUGCUUCUUCCGCAUCAUUGACCGUGACUCUGUCUGGGGCUAUGAGCUUGGCCUCAAGUCCCUCAUCCCCACAGUGCUCACCAUCAGCAUGCUGGGGUACCCCUUUGUACUGCCAGAUAUGAUAGGCGGGAACUUUCUCCCCAACAAGACGGAGGGCGCGGUGGAGAUCCCCGACCGGGAGCUGUACGUGCGGUGGCUGGAGCUGUCAGCCUUCAUGCCCUCCAUGCAGUUCUCCAUCCCGCCCUGGCUCUAUGACAAGGAGGUGGUGGAGAUUGCACAGAAGUUCACGGAGCUCCAUGAGUCGCUGGUGGCCCCGCUGCUGCUGGAACUGGCUGGGGAGGUCACUGACACAGGUGACCCCAUCAUCCGUCCAAUCUGGUGGAUCUCACCCCGCGAUGAGGCCACUCACAGGAUCGACUCCCAGUUCCUGAUCGGGGACACCCUCAUGGUGGCACCUGUCCUGGAGAUGGGCAAGCAGGAACGCGACGUCUACCUGCCAGCGGGCAAGUGGCGCAGCUACAAGGGGGAGCUGUUUGAGAAGACCCCGGUGCUGCUCACGGACUAUCCUGUUGACCUGGAUGAAGUUGCCUAUUUCCUCUGGGUUUCCUAACAGGCUCCUCCAUUAGCUGUGCAAGGGUCUCAGGGAUUAAUGAACCAAUGACUUUAAUAACCUGUGAAUUUUAGUAGGUUUUGAAGUAGAAAUACUUCAGUAUGAAAUGUGAAGAAAACGCUGAGACCUCUGUUUUGUGUGGCAAGUGGUGUAGAAUAACCUACUUAUGAAAAAAUAUUCACGGGCCAUCUUCGUUAUUGCAGUCUGACAAAUAUAAUAUAUAUAUCAGGGGUCCUCAAACUGUUUAAACAGGGGGCCGGCGCGGAUGCAGUGGCAGGCAGUCAUCUGCGGCUGCUUGGUUUCCCCCCCAAAUCCCCGGCAGGGGUGGGGGGCGGGGGGGUCUGUUAAAUACCGGGGGCCGGAUUGAGGACCCUGGGGGGCCGUAUCCAGCCCACGGGCUCGUAGUUUGAGGAC